AAUAUAAAAAACGACUCUAAAAAAUUAAAUUAAUUUAAGGGUAAAAUUAAUUGAAGCUAAAUUAACUUUUUCAAAAAGAAACAAUAAGUUGAGACAAUAAAAGAAGACUAGAAUAAAGAAUGUUAUCAAGUGAAGUGCAAAACAAUUAUUCAAAUAUAAAAGUUAACAUUUAAUAUGCAAAUUUGAUUGUGAGGAGUAGAAAAAAAGAAUAAAGUGGUGAAUAAAAAAAAAGGAGGGAGGCAGAAGCAAAAAGAAUAAGGAAUUCGUAUUUCAUGUUCAGUGUUGUAAUGACGAUUAGGAUAAUAGUCGGUGGGCAAUUUCUAGCGUCAUUCGCUCGCAUCCGCAGCGUUACAAAGGAGCAUUUUGAAGCGAGAGCUUCUUUAUUGUGAGAGACGGAGAAUUAUGCAUUUUGCUAUGCGUGCUUUUAAGUUGAAUGUUACGAGAGAAGAAAGAAUCACGUAAAACAAUCUUAAGUUGGAUUUUGUGUGACAUAAGAAGUGGACAUUUCGAAACAUGGCUUCUAUGUGCGGAAGUAGCAAGAGUCAUCCGACAUUAACAACUAACAGCUUCUAUCGGCCUGGCGCUUAUCCUUAUCAGAGCGAUUAUUUCCUUCCACCGAGAUCAGCAUGGUCGAGAGUACCUCCACAAACUUCAAAAAAGAAACAAGCCGAUUCUUCAUGGAAAUUUGGCAGCACUAUGUUAAUUAUUAUAGCUAUGCUAGUUUUAAUGGCAGUCUUAGCAAUAGGAGGUUUAGCUUUAUGGAUGGGAGCUCUUAGAACAGAUUCAAAAACAGCCAUCAUAGGUUUUUUCUGUAGCUUCAGGAUAGUAAAAGGGGAAAAAUAUAACCCAAUGUUGAAGCUUAAUACCAGUAUGGUAUUCAGAGAUAAGGAGCGUAAAUAUAAAAAUAUUGUCGAACAUCUCUUUAGAAGAAGUAUCCUGGGCCCCUCCUACAAACAGGCAAUUAUCGACCGAUUCGAAAAUGAAACCUUGAAAGUCUUCUUCAGACUCUAUCUUGAUAGAAGGAAGGUUCCAAGGUCUGUUGCAAAUUUAGAAGACUCAAUCGAGGAAAUUAUCGUCAAAGAAACCUAUUCAAUAACUUCUGUUUUCAAAGACAUGGAACUCGAUCUGACCAGUGUUUCCGUGAAGAGAAUAAAUUCAGACACAACUUCCGGUCAAAGAUCGAGUCUAACAAGUCAACAGAGAAACGCAAUGAUCACCAAGAACGGAAUUUUGCGACCCAAUAAAAAUAGUUCCCUUCUCACGAAUUCAAAAUUAAAAACAAGACCAACUAAAUUUGAAUCAAGCGAACCGGAAAUUGAUUUCAAUAAUGUCCCAACAAUUCAAGGAACCUAUAAAGCAACUAAAUUGAUUCCCUUCCAAAAUACUUCAACCAAAGAACAAGAAACUUCUUCAACUACAAAAUCUUCGACAACAACAGAAACAACGAAACCAAUUUCAUCCACAUCCAGUAGUACAACAAAAUAUACAAAAACGACAACUACAACAAAAGUCCCAAUAACAACUACAACAAAAAUAGACGAGGAACUACACAAAGAUUUUAUAAAUCCACAUUUUGAAACAUCACCCUGGAAACCAAUAAUUCCAUCAUUUAUUAACACCGAUCUGAAACCAUUAACCGAACGCAAUGAACCGCAAUUUAAACCAAAUCCGACAAUAGUCACAAAACCCUUCAUCAGAGAUGAGGAAUUAAUAAUGGGCACUCCAAUAUCCGAAGUGAAACCGCCAGAUUUAUUUAAUGCAAAUCAAUCACAAAUUAUCAAUCCACCCGGAAUGAAUACAUUCGACGCAGAGGAAACCGAUUUUCCACACGAUCGAAUUGUUCCCAAUGAGGAGACGCCCUCAUCAUUGAACACUAAAAUGAAAAAUAAUCUUUUAGUAUUAGAAAGAAAUUUUACAAUCGACACUGAAGAUCGUGUCCGUCGACCUGAUAUUGAAAUUUCCGGUCAAUUACCUCCUGAUACAUUUGAAUUACGACUGAAAACAUCCUCGGAAUCAGUGAAAGAAAUCGAAAAAUUAAAUUCUCAAACAUCAACAACUGUCUCAUUCGAUGAUCGCAGACCCGUGAGUCGUUUGGACGAUUCAAAUUUUUCCAGUACAAAACCAGCGUUUAUUAUCGAUUCCGAAACAUCCGAAUUGCCAACACUACUCAAAGAUGCGGAUAAUUUCCAGGAAACGCGAAUUUCCGGCAUUGGAGUCGCCGAACCAGUCUCCGAUUUGGAAAUCGAUCUGGAGAGUCGAAAUCGAUAUUCCGAAAUAGCAGCAAUCGAGGACGAGAAUUCAAAGAAGAAUCAGCCAAUUUACACGAGUUAUAGAACACCAGAUUUAAAUGGCGGCGCAAGACCCAGUUUAGUAGAAAAUGUCGGCACUUUAAAACCAUUUAGACACACAAUUCCAGUGGAUAAAAUCACCUCUGUUUUGGAAAAUUCAAAGGAAGAAUCUCCGGAAAAAAAGAAAGAUCCAGAGAAACAUCUCCGUACAGGAGUUGCCACAAUAACCGCCGUUGAAUUCGAAAGAACCGAAGAUAAAACCGAUUCAAAGUACAUUGUCACCGGAAAUCCUCGUCUUCCAAGUAAAACUCGCAACGAACCUCUACCCAAUUUAGAAAGAAUUGUCGAAUUUGAAACCGUCGUGAAAGACUCUGCCGGCGAAAGUUUGAAUUCAUCGCCCAACACUUCCAGUACUCAAGUAUCAACAGAAUCCGAGGAAAUCGACGAAUCAACCCCAAACUUUAGUUCAACCGAAGAAAUCACAAUACAAUCUCCAAAUUUCACAAAUUUCACAAACUCCAAAGAAGUCGAAUCGAUGGAAAUUCUACGCUCCUCACCAGACGAUUCAACGACAAGAAAAUGGCUAAAUUCAAGAAAUUCCACCUUCGUCGAGAUAAACACAAUGAAACAUGUCCCCAACAAGGGUCAAGUAUCCCCAGGAGUCGAAGAACCGUCCCUGUGGACCGCUCCAUGGAACGAAAAUUCCACCACACUGGAUUCAAAACGUAAAGUCUAUAACGAAACCCUAAAGGCGAAUAUCGUCGAAAAUAACCUCGUGACCCUGGCGCCAGUCAAGAGCAACACCGGCGUUCGGCCAAUUCGCCCCCGACCGAAAGUCGACAAGGAAAAAUCGACCCGACUUCUCGAGAAAACAACCACCGAUACGCCACUCCAGGCCCUCAAUGAAGCUGCACUUCUAAACAGACUCUUUAAUCUAGAAUCCCUGGAACCAAUCCGAAAGGACAUUCUCAAUCAAACGAAACCACUGACUCAUGAAAAUGGCACUGUCGAGCAAAUUAUAGAAGUCGUCACCUCAAUCAGCACCAAAGUCUCAUCAACCGUGCAGGGCAAUCCAGUGUCUCUGAAACUAAUCGUCACUAACUCCUCAACCCCUCAAAUAAGAAACAACGAAAGUACAAAUACAAAUACAAACACAAACACAAAUACAAAUACAAAUACAAAUAAAAAUAUAAAUACGAAUACAAAUACAAAUGUAAAUAAAAAUAUAAAUUUAAAUUUAAAUAAAAAUACAAAUACAAAUUUCGGCAAAGUCGAAAUAAUCGAAACACGUUCAUUCCACGAAGACUCAAAACGUCACCCAAUCUGGUUGGAUGAUCAAAAAAAAAUGCAGAAUUCAGACAGAAAAACUUCAAACGGACAACAAAAUCAAUUUUUAAUUGAUAAACUGAAACAAUUUGCUGACGUGAGAACUGUCGAUGAUUUAAGUACAACAACGAAACAGAAAGUAUUUAAAAAUAAUUCCCCCUUGGAAAUUAAAGAUCAACAAGUUGUGACAUCAAUGACAAAUGUUGAUGAAUUGAAAAAAAUUGCCGAUGUCGCCGCUGGCAAUGAGACAGUUUUCAAGAAUAGUUCAUCGAGUUUCACUGUCAGUCGCGAUGGUGUUGAGGUAAUGAUGAAAGUACUCACAAAGAAGGAUGAGAGGAUCGAUAAAAAAAUAUCGACCACUGAGGAAAAUCUUCUUCAAACAACAGCAGAAAAGUGUACCGGUUUUCGUUGUAACGAUGGAAAAUGUUUGCCAUUUGGGGCUCGAUGCAAUAUGUUAGGUGAAUGUACAAAUUCCGAAGAUGAGGCUAAUUGUACAUGUGCCGAUUUCCUCAAGGCACAGCUCUUUCAUCAAAAAAUCUGCGACGGCGUUCCCGAUUGCUAUGAUUAUUCCGACGAAACGAAUUGCGACUGGUGCAAGGAAGGACAAUUUGUCUGCGGAAACAAUAGAUUCUGCAUCGAUCAAAACAACGUUUGCGACGGCAUUAGAGAUUGUCCAGCGGGAGAGGACGAGAAAAAAUGUGCUGCCCUAAUAGAUGAGAAAGUGGACGAUGGAAAUUCUGACAACACUCCAAUUAAAAAUACAGAAAAAUUUCCAAUCGAUGAAGAUAAAAAAAUUGUUGAAACACCCAUAGAUUACGAUCAAUUAGCAGUAGAAUCGCUUGUUCUUGAAAGUUCAACUUCCCAAAACAUGAGAGAUAGUGAUGAAAAAUUAUCAAAUACAACCGAAAGUGAUUUUAUUUCAUUUUCUAAUGAUAAAAAUAUCACCGACGUUGUAUCGGGCAGAGAAAUUAAUUCCUUUUCGAAAACAAAUUUAAAUUCUGAAAAUUCCUUUCAAACGAAUACAAAAGGUGGUAGCAUUUCAUUUGUAAAAAAUAGUAUUCGACGAGAAGUGAAUAAUUAUAAUGACAGGGGAUUCCUGCAUGUGAGAAAAAAUGGAAAAUGGGGUAAACUCUGUCUGGAAAAUAUUGACAGUCUAAUUCUCGAGAGACAAACCUCCUGGACUGUUGAGGAUUUAGGCAGAGCCGUCUGUAAAGCAAUUACAUAUCAAGAUUACGAGAGGGUGGAGAAAGUUAAGGAGGACAUGACUUUGAUGGAUCGAAAUUAUUACAGUUUAUCACUCAACGACAAAGUAUCAGACAAGCCGAGUUUAACAUUCAAGCCAACGACAUGUCCAAGUGGAGAAGUUCUCAAAGUAAAAUGCAAAAAUCUCGAAUGUGGAAUAAGAACUCAAGUUCCCUCUCAAGCAAGAAUCGUCGGUGGCGGUAGUUCCUCAGCAGGUAGUUGGCCCUGGCAGGUUGCCCUUUACAAAGAGGGCGAUUAUCAGUGCGGAGGUGCUCUUAUCAGUGACAGAUGGGUCCUUUCAGCCGGGCACUGCUUUUAUCAUGCGCAAAAUGAACAUUGGGUGGCUAGAGUUGGGGCGACUCGUAAGGGAAAUUUUCCCAGUCCACAUGAACAAUUACUGAGAUUGGAUUACAUUUCAUUGCAUCCUGAUUACAUUGAUAAUGGAUUUAUUAAUGAUAUUGCUCUCUUGAGACUCGAGGCUCCUGUUACUUUUAGCGAUUAUGUUCGACCUGUUUGUCUACCAGAAUCUGAGCCAAGAAGUGGAACAAUGUGCACUGUCACCGGAUGGGGACAGUUAUUUGAAAUUGGACGAAUAUUUCCUGACACUCUUCAAGAAGCGGAACUUCCUUUAAUCUCCACUGAGGAUUGCCGAAGGAAGACACUAUUUCUUCCUCUCUACAGAAUCACGUCCGGAAUGCUUUGUGCUGGCUUGAAAGAUGGUGGGAAAGAUGCUUGUCUAGGAGAUAGUGGAGGUCCACUUGUUUGUUCAGAAUCUGAUAACAGAUUCACUCUUCACGGUCUAACGUCCAAUGGAUAUGGAUGCGCGAGACCAGGAAGACCUGGAGUUUACACAAAAGUUUAUCACUAUUUGCCAUGGAUGGAACGAACGAUAAGUCGAACGGAAAUUCCCUCAAUGAUGACAUCUUGCAAGGGUCACAGGUGUCCAUUAGGUGAAUGCCUUCCAAAAUCGAGAAUAUGUAAUGGAUUUCUCGAAUGUUCCGAUGGCAGCGAUGAGCGCAAUUGUACAACGAAUCAAUCUUGAAAAGACUGAUUUUUUCACAAAUUUUUUUAAACAAUUAGAAAAACAAAUACACACCCACAUACAAUGAUUCAUGACAAAAAAAAAUUCGGCGUUAUUUAUUCUUCUAGUCAAUGCUAUAACGUUGAAGAAGAAUUUUACACACGAAAUAAAAAUUCAUUUUUGUCGAACAUUGAAUAAAUUUUCUCCAAAAAAAAACGGAGAAAAAAACUGUACAAAAAAAAAAAUACAUGAC